AUUCCAUUCCCUCCAUUCCCACCACGGAGGCUCUACGCAGGCACGACCGCAUUUUUGCAAACCUGCACCGACCUGCACAUUGGCAAACGGAAUCUGCAAAUCGGCACCACCGAGCAUUGGCUGGCGGGACACGAGGGCCUGCCCAUUCUACACGGACAAGAGAAGACUUAAGGGUGACCAACCGAACCGCGCUGGGCGAUCGCGAGCCUCCUGUGGCCGAGGCUGCGAGUUAAAUAACAUAAAUUAUCGACUGGGGGCUGUGUUGCUGAAUAAAAAGCAGCAGCACUUUUGAUUCUGCGCCUGGCAACAUGGCAAAGCUGCUGCGAGCGUCGUCACACUGCUAGUAAGUAAGUGGUGGUGAGCCUAGAACGAGCAACAAAGACGGACACCACGGUCGGUCGGACGCUCCUUAGCUGGGACACAAAACACCCCGAAAGGGCUCAUCGCGCGAAUUGCAUUCCGAGGACGCCCGACGCAAAUUGGCAGAGCCGAGCUAGAGAAGGAGGAGCAGGGCGCGGGCGAUUCGCCAUCGAGGUAUUGAUCUGUGUGGAUCACUCAAUUCGCUCCUCGUGUGUGUCCGGAUAAUCAGUGAGCAGCAGUGUCCGGGACGAUAUGAUCGUCUGAACGAGACCUUCGAGAACAAUAACCAGCAACCCGCCAUUCGAACCGAGAAUCGACCCCAGAGCACAUGGUGCAGACAAACAUGAGUACGGCCCCAUAUGCCACUGCCCAGUUCCAACAGAACGGAGAGGCCCCUGGCCCUCCGGCGGCCAUCAAAGUGGACACCGCCGUGGCCAGCAAGGACCCAAGUACAACGCCCACAGGCGUAGCCGGUGGCCAACCUACCUCAGGCCAGGUCACAGGACCCACCUACUCACCGCCGCUGCUCACAGCGAAUGGAGUUGUUGAGCAACAGACAAUGGCGCCCAGCACUCUUCACGAGCUUCCAUCAGGUGGUGUCAACUUCCAACAAAUAAGCUUAGAGAAGCAAAUGACUGAGACAGAAUCGGAGAGCAGCGCUCAAGUGACAGUCCAAUCUUCAGGAAACCCCCUGCAGGUCAAUCCGGCCACAGUGGCAACUGGUCUCACAGUACCUGGUGGAGUCCUUUCUCCCGGCGCAGCUGUUUCCACGCCCGGUGCUCCUCCGACGACGGCCGUGGCCACUCUGGCCGUGGCGGCCGCCGCCGCCGCCGGUGCCAUCCCCGACCCAAACAAGGGACAACCCAAAAGGCUGCACGUCUCCAAUAUUCCCUUCCGGUUUAGAGAUCCUGAUCUUAGGGCCAUGUUUGGGCAAUUUGGCCAAAUCCUGGAUGUUGAAAUUAUUUUUAAUGAGCGGGGGUCCAAGGGGUUCGGUUUUGUAACUUUUGCGAGUAGUGCGGAUGCAGAGAGAGCACGCGAAAAACUUCACGGCACCGUGGUUGAGGGCAGGAAAAUUGAGGUUAACAACGCGACGGCGAGGGUUCAAACCAAGAAAGCGCCGACGGUGCCAAAUGUUUUUCUCACUAGGAACGGAUCAGUCCCUUCUCUGGUUUGCCUUCAAUGGCCUGAAGUGGCGGCUCUGCGAGGCGUAGCCAUCCAGCGCGGAAGGGUGCGCGGCUACCCGGCGGCUGCAGCUGCUGCGGCGGCGGCCGCGUUCGCCAGACACCCGAGUCCAUUCUCGGCGGCGGCGGCCACAGCUCUCCACGGCUACACACCAGGUGUCUACUACGACCCCAUCCUGGCGGCGCAUGCAGCAUCGCAGGCCGACCCCAACUACAGGCUUCAGGCUGGGCAUACCACCGACGAGUGCAUGCAGAAAUUUUUCACAUGUGCCCCGGCAGUGUCUGAGUCUGAAUCGAAUAAUUAUCAAGUGAUUCACCAUUAUAAACAAGCGGCGGCCUUAGCAGCAGCUGCUGCCAACAACCAGGCGGUGGCCGGCAUGACGGCCUCGGGGCUCAAUGCCCAGGCCGCGGCGGCCGCCGCGGCAGCUCCUCACCUCUCGCUUCUAAAGGCCCCCGCUCUCUCCACUGCCCAACAGGCCUCCUACGCAGCCGCAGCCAGCUACACGGCGGCCACAGCCGCGGCCGCGAGGGUCGCUUACGGCGCGGCGGCCGCUGCCGCUGCCCAGCAGCCCGUCACCGGCUACGCCGCCGUCGCAGGAAACCCUCUCUGCCUCUCACCGGCAACAAGCAGUUACGGCCGCGAAUACGCAGACCCCUACCUCGGUCACAGCAUAGGACCGGUGGCCGGAUACGGCGCAUCGGUCUACAGAAAUGCCUUCAACCGAUACACACCAUACUAAGAAGAAAGGCCAAGGAGAAUGGUUGAGAUUGAUUGAUUCCUCUGUAAAUACGCCAUCUCAUUUUACUACAUGACAACAAUCCGACUCGAGUAGCCAGGUUGGAAGGGACAAACGUGAAGCAGUCGUAGUGCCCCCAUCGACACAAGGAAAUUGGCAGCUACCGCUGUGAACAAGAUUUUUUUCUUUUAGAUUUAUUUAUCGAUAUUUUUGAUUGGUUCAUUGACCAAUUCUGUCUCUCAAGACAAACGAAA